AUGCUAUUCAGGAACAACAGCCUUCAAUCCACUCUGAGGAACAUUCGAACUCCAAAGACUACACUUUACAAAGUCAACAAGAUUCCAUCUUCAAGAAACAUUAUCAACACCUUUCCAUCAAACUAUUACGACAACAAAAUGGCCUUCUUCCCACGUCUCUCUGGUGGUGAAUUCACCCCCCUUUUCCGUCUUCUUGACGACUAUGAUGCCCACCGCGCUUGUGCAUCUGAGACAAACAUCGCUCGCUCCUUUGCUCCAAAGUUCGAUGUGAGGGAGUGCAAGGACGGGUACCAUCUUGACGGAGAAAUUCCCGGUGUCAGCCAGAAGGAUAUCGAGAUCGAAUUCACCGAUCCUCAAACACUCGUCGUUCGCGGCAAAACCAAGCGCGAGUACACUUCUACCAACAUGAACAACAACGCUAUCGAAGAGGCUCCAACUCCUGCAGCUAUCGAAGACGAGGCAGAGUCUUCCAGACGCAACUCCCACCAAGCCACUGUUGAAGAUGAGGAGCCAGCCACUGCUUCUCGCCCUGCCUCUCCCGCUAGGGACAACAAAGUCACCAAGGCUAGCAACAACUCGGUGAAGAAAGCCGAUGCUCCUUCCUUCAAGUACUGGAUGACCGAACGCUCCGUUGGCGAGUUCAAUCGCGUCUUCAAGUUCCCAUCCCGAGUCGACCAGGAUGCAGUCAGUGCUAGCUUGAAGGAUGGCAUCCUCUCCGUCAACGUGCCCAAGGCAGCUCCACCAACUGUCAAGAAGAUCAACAUCGCGUGA